UAAAAAGGUGUUUUGCGCGGCGCAGCGACUAUUUGAGAGCAGGAGAGGAGCGACACAUGCAGCCGCGCACAGGGAAGAUGCAGAGCUCCAGGCUGCUGAGCGGCGCGCUCCUCUGCGCGCUGCUGCUCUCCAGCGCUGCUGAAACCGACCUGAUGGACUCCGAGUCCGUAGAGGAGCUGAGCCCCAGAGCUCUGCGGGAUUUCUAUCCCAAAGGUCCCAACCUGACCAGCGAGAAGCAGCUGCUUGGCGCGCUCCAAGAAGUUCUAGAAAAGCUGCAAGCCAAACGGCUGCCUAUUUGGGAAAAGAAAUUCGGCCAGGUCCCAACGUGCGAUGUCGGGGAGCAGUGCGCCAUCAGGAAAGGCGCACGAAUCGGGAAGAUGUGCGACUGUCCCCGGGGAGCUUUCUGCAACUUCUUUCUGCUGAAGUGCUUAUGAGUCUGAAUGUAGCAUUGUGAUGGGGAC